AUGGCCUCUGCUGCUGGACACGCAUCUAAAUUUCAACGUUUUCUCAACGCAGAGACCGGACCGAAAACUGUGCAUUUCUGGGCACCUGUGUUUAAAUGGAGUUUAGUUAUUGCCGGUCUCAAUGACAUUCAAAGACCCGUCGAGAAGUUGUCGGGAACACAACAAUUGGCACUUUUCGCCACCGGUGCCAUCUGGACGAGAUGGGCUGGCUUCGCCAUCAGACCCAGAAACUAUCUUUUGGCAUCUGUAAAUUUCUUCCUUGGUGGUGUUGCAGGCUAUCAGCUCACAAGGAUUGUCAACUAUAGAAGAGCACAGGGCGACAACGCCAGCCAGGUGUUCCACUAUAUUUUCAACGGGCUGGCUGCCAAUGCCGAGCCGGUUAAGACGGAACCUGUCCAGCAAUAA